UUUAGUGAUCAUGUUGGGUACUCAACUAUUAUUGUUUUUUGUCUGUUCAGUGGUCCUAGCCAGAAAAAGUUAUACAGAUUAUAAUGCUGUACCAGACGCUGAGGAAAUUGCUGGUUACUACGAAGGUGAUAUGAUGCUGUCCACACGCCAAAAAAUAGGCCUACGUUCUAGAAAUGGUUUACGUAGUGAAAAAUAUCAUUGGCCUGGUGCAGAAGUGCCCUAUGAAUUGAGUCCUAAAUUAUCUGAGCAUGAAAAGACGUACAUUAGACGUGCAUUGAAUAUAAUUCAGAAAGUUUCGUGUGUAAAAUUUCGCAAGAAAAAAGACUCGGAUAUAAGCUAUGUUUAUGUCAAUAAUUUGAGAGGGGGGUGUUUUUCUGAAGUUGGCUUCGGGCUUGGCAAAAGGAUGGUCAAUUUGCAUUCAAGUGGAUUGGAUACUGGUUGCUUUCGUAUCGGUACGAUAAUGCAUGAAUUUCUCCAUGUUCUUGGAUUUUUUCAUAUGCAGAGUGCUGCCGAUAGGGAUGAUUAUGUAGAUAUUAAGUGGGAUAACAUCAAGUCAACGGCAAAAAAGAAUUUUCGCAAGUAUUCUUACAUAAAUGUGACACACUUUGGGGAAAUAUAUGACUACAAUAGCGUUUUGCACUAUGGAAAGAACGCUUUCACAAGUAAUGGACGACCUACCAUUAUUCCCAAAGAUCCUAAAGCGAUAAUUGGUCAAAGAACUCACCUGAGCAUGGGAGAUAUCAGAAGAAUUAAUAAAAUGUAUAAGUGCGACAUAUCGUAAGAGUUAUAAGGGAUUAACUAAAAUAAUUUUUUUUUCUACAAUGCAGAAGAGAGACUUAUGUAAAAUUGCUUCUUGCUUAAUUAUUAGAAAUACAAACGAAAUUUAAAACUUU